AUGGCGACGAAACACUUCUUCCCCGACACUCACAAUCUCGUCGUGCGUGGUCUCGAGUCUCUGGUAGCCAAAAACCCACAUCUCGCCCUCGAUGCCGCCAACAAAGUCGUGUACCUCCCCUCACACUCAACCCAAAAAGUUUCCGUCCUGUCUGGUGGAGGUGCAGGCCAUGAACCCGCAUGGUGCGGCUACGUUGGCAAUGGUCUACUCUCCGCUGCCAUCAGUGGCGAGGUAUUUGCUUCUCCCAGCACAAAGCAGAUCAUGGCUGCUGUGGAAAAGGUUCCCAGUGACAAGGGUGUGAUAUUGUGUAUCACAAACUACACAGGAGACAAUUUGCAUUUUGGUUUGGCGAGAGAAAAAGUGGCUGGAUCGGGGAGAAAAGUGGGUAUGUUGAGGAUGACGGAUGAUGUUGGUUUAGGCAGGGAAAAGACGAGCAAAUUGGGAAGGAGAGGAUUGGCUGGAAAUAUGUUUGUACUCAAACUUUGCGGCGCCGCUGCCGAAGAGGACUAUGAUUUCGACACUUGCUUUGCGAUCGGCGAGAGCGUCAAUGGUCACUGUGUCACCAUUGGAUCGUCGCUUGAUUACUGUCAUAUCCCUGGACGAGCACAUCACGAAUCCCUACCUGCCAACACUCUCUCCGUGGCUCAAGGUAUUCACAACGAAGCCGGACUUCACGAGAAAGAGAUCCCACCACCAGACGAACUCAUCCAAGAGCUGCUGCGCUACCUCCUCGACGAAAACGACAAGGACCGUGCCUUCGUCAACUUCACAUCAAACGACGAGGUUGCUCUGCUCAUCAACAACUUCGGCGGCUUGUCCAACCUUGAGCUCGAAGCCUUGACGGCUCUGACUAUCAGUCAUCUCAAGUCGGACUGGAACAUUUCGCCAACAAGAGUGUAUGCACAACCAUUUGAGACGUCGCUUAAUGCACCGGGCUUCAGCAUUUCUUUGCUGAACUUGAGUGGUGUCGCCAAAGAGACAAAGAUGAAACAAGAAACGCUUUAUGCUUUGUUGGACAGAGACACCAAUGCACCAGCUUGGCCAAGGAACUCGUACGGCCAAGUCAGAGUUGACAGCCCAACACAAAGAAGAGCUUCGCUCGCCGGACACGAGACGGCUUCAUUUGGCCCAAAGCUGGAUGUGGCGACUCUUGAGGGAGCCCUCAGAAGCGCAUGCGAAGCAGCGGUAGCAGCCGAGCCCGACAUCACCAAAUGGGACAUCGUCAUGGGCGACGGUGACUGUGGCGAAGCAGUCGAGGGAAUGUGCAAGGGCGUCCUCUCACAGCUUUCGUCAGGCCUCGUCUCACGACAUGACGGAGCGUUGUUGCCCAUCAUGGACGAAAUCGAGAGCGGAAUCGAAGAGAUUGGAGGCACGCUUGGAGCCAUUAUCAGCAUCUUGCUCGCUUCGUGGACGUCUGACCUCAAGAACACGUAUCGCGCCGAUCCUUCUCUGAAGUUUGACGAGCAUGUCGCAGGACACAGUGCAGGGCAGGCAUUGAAGAACCUGCAGACGUAUACACCGGCGCGUGUGGGCGGACGAACAGUCAUGGACACGCUGAUUCCCUUCUGUGAGACGCUGUCGCAGCUGGGCGACUUGAAAGCGGCGGUAAUCGAAGCGGUUAAAGGCGCAGACAAGACCGAGGGCAUGCCUGCCGUGUACGGAAGAGCGACGUACGUUGGCGACAAGAUCAGUGAAAAGGAUGUUCCGAGGGACCCCGGUGCAUACGCCGCCUCGGUUUUCCUGCAAGGUCUAUGGGACGGGCUGAAAAACAAGCUGUAG